CCCGGGCCCUGCCGGGAGCGGAGCCCUGGGCCGCGCCGGCACCGGCGCGAUGUUGUUCUCGCUGCGGGAACUAGUGCAGUGGCUGGGUUUCGCCACCUUCGAGAUCUUCGUGCAUGUGCUGGCGCUGCUAGUGUUCUCCGUGCUCCUGGCGCUGCGAGUGGACGAGCUGGCCCCGGGCCUGUCGUGGUGGAAUGUGUUCGUGCCCUUCUUCGCCGCCGACGGGCUCAGCACCUACUUCACCACUAUCGUGUCCGUGCGCCUCUUCCAGGACGGGGAGAAGCGGCUGGCUGUGCUGCGCCUCUUCUGGAUCCUCACUAUUCUCAGCCUCAAGUUUGUUUUUGAGAUGCUGCUGUGCCAGAAGCUGGUGGAGCAGACCAGGGAGCUCUGGUUUGGCCUUAUCAUGUCCCCAGUCUUCAUUCUUUUGCAGCUGCUCAUGAUCCGGGCUUGUCGUGUCAAUUAACCUUGCUCGGAGGGGAGGGAGAAGGAAAGGACGCUAUCCCAAACCUAGCUUUCCCGCUAGCCUUGAACUGGAUGAAAGGAACUCCAGCAAGGAGGAAUCAGGCCCAUUUGCUUAUGAAGUCCUCAGCUUUUCUUCAUGCAUUUCAUCCUUACUCCGGGCGGGUGGGCAGAUGGGUGGAAAAAUCACUGAUCACUAAAUAAAGGUAUUCUUUUUUCAUUUUUCUUUUUUUUUUUUGCUUUGAGUUCUCUUUGUUUCUCUUUUCGUUCUCCUUGGUUUGAGAUGAUUUCCAGAUUGCACAGUGUUUAAUUGCGUGGACUGUAAAGGAGUUUUGCUGUUAGAAAUUGCUUUUUAAUAAAAUGUACUGUUGGAAUAAGA